AUGUUUCGUCGGGUCCUCGUCGCCGCCCCGCCCAGGCUCGCCUCUGCUCUGCCACAGCGCCCCCUCGUGCGCAUACAUCUGCCUCCUGCCACUGCUGCUCGUCUCUCUGCACACCGCUUCAGCACGUCUUCCCCCCCUCACCCAAAGUGCCCGCAAUGCUCUGCGCCCCUGCCUUCCCCGCUUCCCAUCUGUCCCAAAUGCGCGUACAUUGCCCCCAUUCCGCAAGGAAUGACCUACCACGAGAUGCUUGGUUUACCCUAUGAGCCGAAUCCUUUUAUUGUGAACCCUGCCGCGCUCAAACGCCGCUUCCUCGAGCUUCAGGGCAUCAUCCAUCCCGAUCGCUGGGUCGGGAGGAGCAAGGAGCAACAGGAGCUCGCUGUCGUUAUGUCUGCCCGCAUCAACGACGCCCUCCACCGUCUCUCGAAUCCCCUCCGCCGCGUCGAGUACAUCCUCGAGCAUGAAGGGUUUGCCGGCGAAGACACCGAUAAGCUCGAAGACCACACCCUCCUCAUUGACAUCCUCGAGAUGCGUGAGCGCAUCGAGGGCGCAGAGUCUCGGGAGGAAGUCGAAGAGGUCAGGGCGGAGAAUGCUGAGCAAAUAAAGGAAACGAUCGACGAGAUUAGGCAUCUUGUAGAGAAGAAGGACUGGCCCGCCGUCAAGGAAGCCGCCGUAAAGCUCAAGUAUCUCCAGGGCAUCGAGCAGGCCGCCGCUGCGUGGCCUCACCCUUUCACCGACCAUCAUUAA